GCAGCACUUUUUAGUGCUUAUUUAUGCAGACUUCUUAAACUGGCUGACGGGUUGAGUAUCCAAAUACCGAAGUGAAACUGGGAAAUCAAGGAAUCGAGAUUUAGAGUGAAAAGAAUGGCAGAGGGGCAAGGAGUUCAGAUUCCCAGAGUGCAACUUGGAAGUCAGGGACUUCAGGUCUCAAAAUUGGGAUUUGGAUGUACGGACUUGACUGGAAUCUACAAUUCUUCUUUAUCUGAUGAAGAUGGCAUCUCAAUACUAAAGGAAGCUUUCAAUAAGGGAAUCACUUUUUUCUAUACAGCCGAUGCAUAUGGACCCAAUUCUAACGAAAUCCUGAUUGGAAAGGCCUUGAAACAGUUACCAAGAGAAGAAGUUCAGAUAGCCACAAAGUUUGGGGUAACAAGGGUUGGACUUUCUAUGACAGUGCAGGGAACCCCAGAGUAUGUGCGGGCAUGUUGUGAGGCUAGCUUGAAACGCCUUGAUAUAGACUACAUUGAUCUCUAUUAUCAACAUCGUACUGAUACGUCUACACCUAUUGAAGAAACUAUGGGUGAGCUGAAAAAACUGGUGCAAGAGGGAAAGAUUAAGUAUGUAGGUUUAUCUGAAGCCAAUCCACAGACAAUAAGGAGAGCACAUGCAGUUCAUCCUAUUACAGCUCUACAGAUGGAGUGGUCGAUCUGGACACGUGACAUCGAGGAUGAGAUUGUUCCUCUCUGCAGAGAUCUAGGAAUAGGUAUUGUUCCAUACAGCCCUCUUGGUCGAGGCUUCUUUGCCGGUAAAGCCAUUGUGGAAAGUUUGCCUGCUGAGAGCCUAUUGAGUUUUGCAUCCUCGAUUCAUCGAAGAAAACUUGAAGAAGAACAAGUGCUUUUACACACGAAUAGAGAGGCUUGCUGAAAAGCACCAUUGCUCUCCUGCUCAACUUUCUCUUGCAUGGGUUCUCCUGUUCCAAUUCCAAGCACAACCAAGAUAAAGAAUUUGGAGCACAACAUCGGUUCCUUGACAGUGAAGCUCGACAAAGACGAACUGAACGAGAUUUCCGAGGCAGUACCCGAAAGUGAGGUAGCUGGAAAUAGAAGUUACGAUAGCAUGAUUUAUGCAACAUGGAGAUAUGCUAACUCACCUCCACUAGUGAAUGACAUCUGAACCUGAGACAUUCAAAGGUUUGUAUACACCUUAAUACCAGUUCUACAAGAUUUGGACAAUAGGAGUCAAUAAAUGUAUGAAUGAGUUCUAUAAAUGAUGCUGUUUAUUAGGUAUAGAUGUACUGUGAGCAUUGAUAAUGUAUUUCAAUCAAUAUGAAGAAUUUACCUGUGUUCCUUCUCCA